AUGCUAAUUCUGGGUGAACACAAAAUCCUGCUUUUUAUCGUUGCAGGCCAGUGGUCCACCUACGGUGCCAUAUUUGAAGGCAACUCGGCCAAGGACGACGAGAUCUUCAAGCAGGCGGUGGCGGACUUGAGCCUCAACGAUGACAUCUUGCAGAGCGAGAAAAUCACAUACACGAUCAAACUUAUAGAAGCCAACAACCCCUUCCACGCCGUCCAGGAAGCCUGUGACCUGAUGACCCUGGGGAUAUUAGCCUUAGUCACCUCCACCGGAUGUGCUUCUGCCAAUGCCCUGCAGUCUUUGACAGAUGCCAUGCACAUCCCCCACCUCUUCGUACAGCGCAACACAGGAGGGUCCCCACGGACAGCUUGCCACCUAAAUCCUAGCCUUGAGGAGGAUGAAUACACGCUAGCAGCCAGGCCGCCUGUUCGCCUCAAUGAUGUUAUGCUGAAGCUAGUCACCGAAUUGCGAUGGCAGAAAUUUAUAGUGUUCUAUGACAGCGAUUACGAUAUCCGUGGUCUACAAGGAUUUCUGGACCAAGCUUCAAAGCUAGGACUUGAUGUAUCUUUACAAAAAGUAGACAGAAACAUCAGCAGGGUUUUUGCCAGCCUUUUCACUACUAUGAAAACAGAAGAGUUGAAUCGCUAUCGAGAUACGUUACGAAGAGCGAUCUUACUUCUGAGUCCAAGGGGAGCACAAACUUUUAUCAACGAGGCAGUGGAAACCAACCUGGCUUCAAAGGAUAGUCACUGGGUCUAUGUUAAUGAGGAAAUCAGCGAUAAUGAAAUUUUGGAAUUGGUGCACAGUGCUCUUGGGAGGAUGACCGUCAUACGGCAGAUCUUCCCUCUGUCCAGAGAGAACAAUCAGCGAUGCAUGAGGAACAACCACCGGAUAUCUUCGCUCCUCUGUGACCCACAAGAAGGUUAUCUUCAGAUGCUUCAGGUCUCCAACCUCUAUCUCUAUGACAGUGUGCUUAUGUUGGCCAACGCCUUCCACAGAAAGCUGGAGGACAGGAAGUGGCACAGCAUGGCAAGCCUGAACUGCAUGAGGAAAUCAACCAAGCCUUGGAACGGAGGCCGCUCCAUGCUGGAAACGAUUAAGAAGGGUCACAUCACUGGUCUCACAGGUGCUAUGGAGUUCAGAGAAGAUGGUGCCAACCCCUACGUCCAAUUUGAAAUCCUUGGAACCAGCUACAGUGAAACAUUCGGGAAAGAUGUGCGGAGGUUGGCAACAUGGGACUCUGAGAAGGGGAUGAACGGCAGUCUGCAGGAACGGCGCUUGGGCAGUGACUUGCAAGGAUUAACACUGAAAGUGGUGACUGUCUUGGAAGAACCUUUUGUUAUGGUGGCUGAGAAUAUACUUGGACAACCCAAGCGCUAUAAAGGCUUCUCCAUUGAUGUUCUGGAUGCCCUUUCGAAGAAUCUGGGCUUCAAGUAUGAGAUAUAUCAAUCUCCAGACGGCAGAUAUGGGCAACAGCUCCAUAACAGCUCGUGGAAUGGCAUGAUUGGAGAACUAAUUAACAAGAGAGCUGACUUGGCCAUCUCCGCCAUCACUAUCACACCGGAACGGGAGAGUGUUGUUGACUUCAGCAAGCGCUAUAUGGAUUAUUCUGUAGGAAUCCUGAUCAAGAAACCAGAAGAGAAGAUCAACAUCUUUUCUCUCUUUGCCCCCUUUGAUUUUGCGGUGUGGGCUUGCAUUGCUGCGGCCGUCCCUGUUGUUGGCGUCCUGAUAUUUGUGCUGAACCGAAUCCAAGCAGUAAGAGCCCAGAACUCUUCCCAGUCCCCUGCUUCUGCUUCCUCCACACUUCACAGUGCCAUUUGGAUUGUAUACGGGGCCUUUGUUCAGCAAGGUGGGGAAUCUGCAGUCAAUUCCAUGGCGUUGCGGAUUGUGAUGGGUAGCUGGUGGCUCUUCACUCUUAUUGUGUGUUCAUCCUACACAGCGAACCUAGCGGCGUUUCUCACUGUGAACAGAAUGGACAAUCCUAUCAGAACAUUCCAGGAUCUUUCCAAACAAAUGGAUGUAUCUUAUGGUACUGUCCGGGAUUCUGCGGUUUAUGAAUACUUCAAAGCAAAAGGAACAAACCCUCUGGAGCAAGACAGCACCUUUGCUGAGUUGUGGAAGACUAUCAGCAAGAAUAAUGGAGCUGAUAACUGCGUGGCAAAUCCCUCUGAAGGCAUCCGGAAGGCAAAGAAAGGCAACUACGCAUUCUUGUGGGAUGUUGCAGUCGUGGAGUACGCGGCGUUGACGGACGAUGAGUGCUCCGUGACCGUCAUUGGAAACAGCAUCAGCAGCAAAGGAUAUGGGAUAGCGCUCCAGCAUGGCAGUCCAUACAGGGAUCUCUUCUCCCAAAGGAUCUUAGAACUACAAGAAGCUGGAUACCUGGAUGUGUUCAAAGAGAAAUGGUGGCCACGAAUGGGACGCUGUGAUCUGAACAGCCACACCAACGCACAGACGGAUGGGAAGGCCCUGAAGCUUCACAGUUUUGCAGGGGUCUUCUGCAUUUUGGCAGUGGGCCUGCUCCUGGCCUGUUUGGUGGCAGCCCUGGAGUUGUGGUGGAGCAGCAACCGUUGUCAUCAAGAGACACCCAAAGAGGAUAAAGAAGUGAACCUGGAACAGGUCCACAGGCGUAUGAACAGUUUAAUCGAUGAAGAUUUAGCUCACAAGCAACUCUCCCCAGCAUCCAUCGAAAUCUCAGCCUUGGAGAUUGGGGGCAUGCCACCCAGUCAGACCCUAGAGCCUGUCCGUGAAUACCAGAACACACAACUUUCUGUCACCUCCUUUUUACAAGAACAGACAACUCAUGGUGCCAGCAGGACACUCACAGGUGCCUCUGGUAGCAACCUGCCGCUGCCUAUGAGCAGCUCAGCUACCAUGCCCUCUAUACAGUGUAAACACAGAUCACCAAAUGGAGGACUAUUUCGUCAGAGCCCUGUGAAAACCCCCAUCCCAAUGUCCUUUCAGUCUGUGCCGGGGGGAGUCAUUCCAGAAGCCAUGGAGUCAUCCCAUGGAACAUCCAUAUAAUGAA